UGAAAGACGUGGAUAGCAAGCAACCAUGUCGGCCCAAAAUGAAGUGAGCCUCAUGGACUUGACGUUGGAGCAGCUGAACAACCUCAAGACACAGUUCGAGCAGGAGCUGCAGCAACUAACGUCCUCGUUCACAGGCCUCCGAGAAGCGCAGACCCGUUUCUCCGACUCGAAGGUCGCGCUGCAGUCGCUGCAGCCGGCCAACCUCGGCAAGCGAGUGCUCGUGCCGUUGACAGCGUCGAUGUACGUCCCUGGGAAGCUGACCAACGUGGAGACCGUGCUCGUGGACGUCGGCACGGGCUACUUUGUGGAGAAGAACGUGGAGGAAGCCAAGGGGUUCAUGGACCGCAAGGUGGCGUUCCUGCAGCAAAACACCGAGUCCCUCAAGGACGUGUUGGAAAACAAGCGCACCAACUUGGAAGCUGUGAUCCAAGUCAUGCAACUCAAGAUGCGAUUGGCAGAGCAACAGGGAAAGUAAUAGAUUUGUGUGUAAAUAAUAUGACCAAUUGAUUCAGAAAAUGGCA